AUGGGUGGCGCAGACCGGGCCUGCGUCGUCCGGCUGCUGGGGCUCCUGGGGCUCCUGGGGCUGCUGCCGCGCUGUGCCCUGGCCCUCGGAGCCGCAGAGCAGGUUCCUCUUGGAUGCUUCCUCUACGGCUGGAAGAUCUCCGACGCCAUCACCAGCAUCCCAAAUCCCGUGAAUGCUUCAGAUGCGCAGGAGUGCCAGAAGAAAUGCGCAAUGACCAGCGAGUGCAAGUCCUUUGGUUUCCAGCCGGCCUUCCAUGAUUGUUGGCUUGGAUCGGACAUGCAAACUCCAGUCCGGACGCUCGUCGGCAGUUUCGUGGCUGGGCCGGCCGAGUGCGUUGCGGAGAGGAGCUUUCUGAGCGGCUUGCAGGCCAGCCCCGGCUGCACCGCAUCGCCCAGCAUUCACUUCCCUGGUCGGACGGCGCGAGAGUCCGCGUCCACCUUUACUUCCGGCAUGGUCCCGGUGCCCUUGCAAUGCUGGCCACACUAUGCAUCGACCGGGAAGCCUGCUUUGUGCAAGGGCUCGAUCAUGCAGGUGCUAGAGGACACUGCCACAGGCUGGCCGGGGACCUGUUUAGGCCUGCACCUGAUGCCGGACGAGACGUCUGAGACUUGUGAAACGCCGCGCCGUCAGACUGCUUGA